UUGAACAAUAACAAUCGCCUGGCUAAUAUGUAAGUACGAUCGAAGAAAUCACUCGUUACGCAGCGUAAUGUGAAUCUUUACGAGUCGAGCAAGUGUUUACAAAUUAUAUCUGUAAAAUUGCAUAAAGGUUAAGUCGAGGUGCAGUGCUGUAGCUAUUGCAGAGGCAGUUUAACCUCAAAUUUUUUCUCGGUGUUCAUCUUGUAAAAUUACAGCGAUUAUAAGCGAGUCAUGGAACGCAAUAUCGAUGUAAUUAGGGUUAAGGAGGAGCCGGAGAGCGAUGCAUGGACGAGCAAUGGUGAAGAUUAUGUUUUCGAUUUGGUGGACUCUUGCAAAACCGAAAACGUUGAAACAUUACCAUUUUACGAAUUGACAGCGAAUAACGCGAAUGAGGUUAUGGCGUUGCAGAAAAAUUCAGAUGGAAAAAUAUUCAUAGAUUUUGAGUGCAAAAAUGAAAAACUUGAACUGCCGCCUCUAUCCGUGAACAUUUGCAAAUCUGAGAAUCCAAGUUGUCUAUCUUCUGUGAAAAUCGAAAACGAAAAACCGAACAAUUACGGGAAUGAAAAAAGUCUGAGAAUUUUAAUAGAAAAAGGGUUUAAUUAUGAACAAAAUUGCCAAUUCAACGUUUACUCCCAGGCACAAAUUGUCAAAUGUGAGAAAUUGAAAAAUGAUGAUAAAACCAUCGAAAAAAAAUCAACGGAUGUAUCAAAAAAGUGUCAAGAAACUUAUACAGACAAAGAACGUCUAAAAAGGCGAAAAAAUAACUACUUUGAAUGUAAUAUUUGCCACAAAUCGUUUGGACGCCAAAAAACCUUGAAAAACCACAUCGAUGUAGUACAUAAUCGUAUUAAACCCUACGAGUGUGAGAUAUGUCACAAAUCGUUUGGAUACCAGCAAACCUUGAAAAACCACAUUGAUGUAGUACAUAAUCGUAACAAACCCUUUGAAUGUGAGAUUUGUCACGUAUCAUUUGGAAAAAAAGGUAAUCUUAGAAUUCACAUCAGUGCAGUGCAUAUUGGUAGCAAACCCUUCGAGUGCGAGAUUUGUCGCAAAGCAUUUGAAUGCCAGAGUAAACUUAAACGUCAUGUCAACGAUGUACAUGAUCGUAGUAAACCCUUUGAAUGUAAGAUUUGUCACAAAUCAUUUGGACAAAAAACAAACCUCACAACUCACUACAUGAUCGCAGCAAACCUUUCGAAUGCGACAGUUGUUAUAAAUCUUUUGGAUACCAGCAUACCUUAA